ACAGCGGAACGAGAUGAAGGGAGAAGGCGAGCUGUCAACGUGAGUGUGCGAGAAUUAGCCACAGUUAUAUUUAGAACCUGCAGCGUUUGGACUGUGCAACAAUUAACUUGUGCCUGCAUUAAAGUAAAACGAGAGACAUGAGCGGCACAAUUCGACAGAUUACUCUGAACCCAGGCAAUCCCUACUUCCUGAGAAUUGACUGGGCUGUGGACCUGGGCGCUGGGUUCACGCUAGCGCUCACCGACGGAAGCUCGGCAUGGAUCGGAGAAGUUUCAGAGGAUGAGGUGACAAGAGAAGCCCUUAACUUGGGAGUCCUGAGGGAGAAAUAUGUUGGGGAUCUUCUUCAAGCUCUAACAAAAAGUGAAGAAAGAGAAGGAGGAAGGAAAGGAGAGGGCAAAGAGGAGUAUUCUUUUUACCUCACCCCCGAUCACAAUCGUCUUUCAUACCAGAAGAUCUGUAACAGCAUUUCGGUAGACUUGGGCUCUGUGGAGCUCCAGCCAGCUCCAGACCCUCUGGAGUUGAUCCGAGAGAUGAUCGGCAAAUCUCUGCAGCACAGCACAGAUCUGGAGAUGGAAAACUCAAGGCUGUUGGAGGAGAACCGUAGACUGAGACAAGAUCACCAGCGAAUACUGAAAGAGCUGGAGCAGCAGGUUAAAGAUAAGGAGAUGUUAGAAAAGGAAAUGUAUUCACGUUUUGUCAUGGUUUUGAACGAGAAGAAAGCCAAGAUCAGAGGCCUGCAGGGUACUGUCCGGCAGCUCAGCCACACUGAAGACCAGCAGAGGGAUGAAGAGAGACGACAAAGUGACAGUGAAGCAUCUCAGAGGGAAGAUGGCAGUCAUCCAUCUCAGGAGUCAACUAUCCUCAUCACAGGUUGUAGUUUAGCUUCACAAGGCAUCUCUAUCGAUCAAAGUUUUUCCAAUGAUGAAGACAGAGAGCCCAGACGGAAGAGAUGGUUGCCUAACAAUCCUAACAUAGGCUCUUCUGAAGAGCAGUAACGUUCAUGUGUCUUCUGGAGCUGAUUGUGUCACCUCUAAUAAAAUGGACAACAUGGCUGGGAAUCUAGAAACGGAUUAUGGAUGUGGUUCUUCAGGAUUUGGUUUUACUGGCUUCCCCCAGCUAAUUUAUUGCUGCCUAUAAGUUCAGCACUUGUACGGUGUAAGAAUGAAGGAUCUAAGUUCCCCACUAGGGGUAAACCAACCACUUACAGACCAAAACUUAUUUGUUAAUGUUUUUGUAUUUUUUUUUUGCUUUUCUGUUU